UGGCGUGGAUGUGUUCGAUCUAGCGAAGGCGAAUCCUGGGCCAGGUGGAGAGAUCCGGAUGCAGCGUGCUCGGUAUCGGUCGAUAUCAGAUAUCAGGGUUGGGGUAUCAGUGGGCCAGCCUCACUCGCUCUCCUACAGUUGUGCGGAGCGCUAGGACCCCGCCACUUCUGUCAGGCCUGCUGCACGCCUUCGCCUCCCCCCCUGGCAGGCAGUGUGCGCGAGGAGUGUGCUAGUGGUUGCGUUCGGGAGUGUGAACCCAUGUAGUGUGCGCCUGUAUGCCUCGAAGUGAAAAUCUUUGCGUGUCCGAGAACUUGCUUGCAGUCGAGAGCGAGGAUCCGCCCGUGUCAUUUCCUGCCGGAGAGGACCGCGCUGCACAGAUGCCCAAAGGCCUCGGCGCCCGUGUCACUGGACUCUGAUUUCCCGUCGGUGCUUUCUGGUUGGCGAGAGUCCGUGCGCGGCUCGGCGGCGGCCCUGGCAAGAUGAACAACGAAGGCGUGGGGAACGGCAGCCCUCUGUCGACCGACACUCUGAACCUCGGCAUGGGCACGGGCGUGAGCGAGGUCGUGGGCGUGGUUGGGUCGACGCGGCGCACCUCGCGGGUGUGGCGCUACUUCGGCAUGGUCGACAACUGCCACUACAUCUGCCGCCUGUGCUCCUUCGUCGGCGCCUACACCAACACCACCAACAUGCGCAAGCACAUCCAGCACCACCACCCCGAGCGGUUCCAGGACAUCCUGGACCACACGCGGCCCACCACGCGCCCCUUCUACACCAACACGCUCACCCGCAUGCGGCCGCCGAACUACCCCCACGCCGCCGCCCAGGGCCACUCGUACCCGCUCGUCUACUCGCAGGGCCUCGCGCCCAAGAGGAUGAUCCUACCCAAGCCCGCGGAGCUGAACUUCGUCCACGCCCACGGCGGGGGCGCGGACCAUACUCUGACCCCGACGGUGCCCGCCCAGCCGCCGCAAGUGCCUUCGUCGCAGCAAGUCCCCUUGCUCCAGCCGCCCACGCAGGCGCCCGCCACCUCGGGCUUGUCCUACUCCUCCCAGGCGCCGUCGGCCGCCGUGGCCACGCUGUCGGCCUCGCCGGCGCACCCGAACACGGUGACCGCCUGCGAGCUCAGUCCGGAGGAGUCGAAGCUCGUGAACCAGUUCUUCCCUCCCUUAGGCGAAGCCACCGAGUGCUCGAGCGAUUCGGACACCACGUCUCGAGGUCUCCCGGGCACGGAGGAGAGAGGGGCAGGCGAGUUCGGGCAAGGAGCCGAGGACAUGCCCGUGUCCCUGUCGCCGGAGCAGUUCCUGUCGGAGGCCAGCGAGAGGGAGCCGACGCCCGCGCCCCCGACCCCCACCCCCCCAAAGCCUGUGAAUUUCCGUCUUCCAGAGAGUUACCAGCUGCGGCACAACAACCACCUGACGAUCGUGUUGGAGGCCCUCGCUCGCGACGAGGCGUUCAUGGACGUCACGCUCACCGCCCAGGGGAGGUCGCUCAAAGCCCAUAAGUCUGUGUUGUCGGCUGUCAGCCCCUAUUUCCGAGGAGUUUUGCGUGACAACCCCUGCCAGCAUCCUAUCAUUAUUAUGCCCCGGGACGUUCGCUUCGAAGAGCUCUACAGCAUAGUCAAUUAUAUUUACAAGGGUGAAAUGACAGUAGCAGCAGAAGAUCUGACUUCGUUACUGAAGACCGCUGAAAUUCUCCAAGUGUCGGGCCUGGCGCCUUCAGAUUCAACUGCAACGGUGAACCCCAGCACAGAAUCUUGCGCCACCGGCAACGUCCGUUCUUCUUCUGCCUCCUCGUCCUCGUCGUCUUCCACCCACCCCCCUGGGGCAAGAACAGCGAGACCCCCAAAGCCAACUCCUCAGGGAGUCGCCACACCGCCCGCCAGACCCAAAUCUCGAGACUGUAUGAUAAACCCAACAGAUUUCAUGGAUGUGGACAUGACUUGUGUUAAGGAGGAAGUAGCAAGUGGAGGUGAAGAAGAAGAGGAGAGUGCAAAUAACGAGGCUGCAAUUCCACCCCCGGCGAACGAAAACGGAAAGCAAGACGAACCCCAGGAAACAAGAAACAGUUCCCCGACUAUAGAGCAUGUGCAAGAGACGUCUCCAACGGUACCUGUCAGUCAGAGCGAGCCCGCGACCACAACAGCCACCCCGACCAUAAAAUCGGAGCCCGGGGGUUCCGUAGACCACCCCCAGGCCAACCUCGCCCCUGAAGACCCCAUACCGUUCAUGUGUCCGCACUGCCAAGAAAUACACAGAAGUAACGAAAUGAUCAUGUCGCACCUCAGACUGAAACAUCCGAGUAAGCCCAGUUUCGUUUGCGGUUGUGGACGCGUGUUUGUCCGGCAGCUCCAGCACCAAGCCCACACAAGAGUUUGUUCGAGUUCGUCUUGAGAUCUCGGUGCUAUUGCUGAGAGACACCUGCAGCUGCAAUGAAGAAAAUAUUAAAGUAAAUUAUUCUAUCUUUUUUUUUAAAUGUUUUACUUAUUUAUUUAUUUAUUUUGAAAGACAAAGAAAAGAGGAAGUGCACUAUAAAUUCACCAUUUAUUUAAAGAGGUGAGAUAAAAAUGUCAGAAUCUUGGGGUUCUAACUUUCGGUCUAUAGCUUGAAGGGAGAAACGUAAUAUAUAAAAGGGAUAAUUAGGGAAACUGGGAUUCAUAGAUAUUUCAAAAGGGUAGAAUGUGAGGCCAAGGAGGUUUAAGAUUCCUAAGGACUUUUAUUUAUUUAUUUUUUUUGUAAAUGUAGAGUGAGAAAAUUAAUAUCACACAUAAUUGAUCAUCUCAUUUGAAGGGAUAGAGUUACAGUUGCAGGGAGGAAAAGAUGAAACAAUACUAGGUGAUUUUGAUGCAGUGAGAGUUUACUAAGGGCAUUGUUACAAAGAUAACCAGAUUUUUACUGAUAAUUUCUUCAGUGGGAACUUUGUUUAACAGAAACACAUGAGUACUCUGCAGAUUGGUGCUUUUAGACAUACGGAGAAGAAAAUUUGCCCAUGUAGAGCAUUAUUUGUACUGGUAUACCAUCUUUGUGGUAGAGUUCAGAAUUAUGGGCAGCAGCUUCUUCUGGGAUGUAUCUCUUCUGUACUUCAUUUGUACUCAGGAUUUUAUCACUUACCUAUGCAGGCUAUGCUGACAAAUAGCUCCUCUGUAAUAACGUUCCCCUUGAGGUUGGAAAUCAUUGCAUCCUUCACAGAUAAUUUCCAUCUGCAAAGUUUGAAGUUCAUGUUGUCCAUCCCUCUGCGCAUUUUUGGAUUCGCUCGUCAAAAGGUUCCUCUCGCAUUAUCGAUUCAACAUCCUACCGAAAAAAAAAUCUUUAAUGCGGAAGUCUCUCUUUCUCUCCUUUGGCCAGAAGAGAGAGAUUUUAUAAAUAUUUAUAGUAGGCUUUACAAUAUGGCUCUCACUCUUAGAUCUCUUGUUUUCCAAUCACUUUUAUCUGACAUUCCCAAUUUAACCUCCAAGUUGGGGAUAGUUAUGUACACAAAUUUAUGUAUACAAACUAUAACUCCCUGUCAGUUAUCCAUUGAACUGCUUGUAUAAUUUGACCUUCAGUUAAUCUUACUCGUCAGUAUCCAAUUUAUGUUUAUUUGAGGUUUCCUUUUUUAUAUAUAAAAAACCCUCUUGUUCAGUGUAUUACAGACUUUUUAUGGGUCUUUUCUCCAUACCUGAAGAAAGUAUCAGUCAAGGUAAAAAUGAUCUUGUCACCUCUUUUCAAUUAAAUGAGUGCAUUUAUAAUAAAGGCCUUUAAUUCACAAUCAGUAUUGACCUAAUGCUGCUACAAAUCAGACAUAUGUGUAUAUUUUUUAAACAGUGACUUCUAGCUAACAUGUGGCAGUUAAGAAGAAAAAUAUAUAUAUAUCUUAGUUUUUAUAUGUUACAUAUUCUUGUCCAUAGUUUUAUGCCAAUGCAUAAAACACCUGUGUAUACUUAAGCAACUUCUUUCAUGAAAUCUUUAUUGCCACUGAAAUUAAAGUGAUAUUCUUAAGAUAAAGGAUAUGUGUAUUCAAAGUUUAACACAGUGCUAGGUAAUUAUUUAUAUGUAAUAUGUUGUCAGGAGUAGUUUCAUUUUGAUGCUGAGCAUCUUUUCUUGUAUGUGAUUAUAUAAAAGUAUGGUGACAUACAGGGAGUAAAUUACCUGAAGAUAAAGUGAGAAAAGUUAGUUUAAAUAUCUGUAGAAUAGAAAAGAGUGUAUUGUACCUUCUUAAGCACAGUAAUAAAAAAACAUUCACUUAUGUACAUAUUUCCUGUACUGUAGUUGUAAUACAGAAGUUUUGUAUUAUAUUGCAAUACUUUUUGUCUUUAUAAGCAACAAAUUUCCUAUAAGAAGUUUGGAGAUAGAUUUUAGAUGAAAACUGUGUCAGUUUUUUAUUGAUGCUGAAAUAUUUUGGGAAAAAAGUUGUGAUUCUGUACAAAGUUCAAUAAACAACAAAUUUUA